AUGGAUACAAUCAAGUCCAUGGUGAUUUCUCUGGCUCUGGCUACUGCUGUGGAGGCAGGAGCUAUCCAACAGAGAGCCAGUACAACUCAACCAGACUGGUUCAAGACCUCGCCCGACCUUUAUGCCGGUACUAUGGAAACGGGUGCAGCACCCUACCUUGCCCAGAUCAACCCGGCACCUUUUGGCUCGAAAUCUUACAUCCCUAAUGCUCCCUUGGAAACUGGAGAGCCGAUCAGUGGUGCUCAUGGCAAGAACAUCUUCCAUCUCAUGGGAGACUUGAGUCCCUACUUCUCUCCAGAGGAAGGGUUUGGCGUCGAUGAGUACCCUCUGCCAAAGGGAGCCAACAUCACGCAAAUGCAUCUGCUCCAGCGUCACGGCUCUAGAUACCCUUCUGCCUCGGAAGACCAGGGCACAUGGGGUGAGAAAAUUGUCAAUGCUACCAAAGCAGGAACAGUCUUCACGGGCGAGCUCGCUUUCCUGAACGACUGGUCUUACCAAUUGGGUGAGGAACUCCUCGUUCCCACGGGCCGUCAGGAGUUGUUCGACAGUGGAGUCUUGAACUACUACAACUAUGGUCAUCUGUAUAACAACAAGACUGCUUCUCACAAGCUCGUGGUCCGCACGACCUUGAUGGCGCGCAUGAUGCAAAGUGCAGAGAACUUCCUUGCUGGCUUCUUCGGUCUGAACUGGAAAGACUAUGCCAACCUCCUGGCCACUAUUGAUCCAGCUACAACUGGCGUCUCCAACUGUACCAAUGAGCUUACUACUAUUGAGGAGGUCAUCGAAGAGCCUAUCGCAAUCUGGAUGUCAACCUACCUCAAAGAGCGAACUGCUCAGCUGAAGAAGCUCUCUGGAAGCUACAACUGGACCCUCUCGGAUACAUACCAUGCUCAGACUCUCUGCCCCUAUGAGACUAUUAGUCUCGGCUACAGCAACUUCUGCAGCCUGUUCACUUACGAGGACUGGGAGCACUACGAGUAUCUCCAGGACAUCGAGUUCGCCGGUUACUCAGGCUUCCUCAGCCCCACCGGCCGCGCCCAGGGUAUUGCCUGGGUGGAAGAGUUCCUCGCCCGCGUCGAGGGCCACUACGUUAAGGUUCCCGCCAGUGAGACAGGAGCCAAUAUGACCCUAGACACGAACCCGAUCACUUUCCCCCUUGACCAGAACCUAUACCUUGAGUUCACCCACGACGCGAAUAUCAUUUCUGUCAUUACCGCGUUUGGCCUGACCCAGUUUUCCGGCUUCCUGCCGGCCACCGGUCCCCCCGCAAAUCAGAAGUUCCACACCAGCAGACUGGUGCCUUUUGCUGGCCGACUCAAUAUUGAGAUCAUCAAGGCGCCGCACAAGGUUUCUACCAAGCGCUCGUCUAAGCUUACCAAGGCCGAUUAUAUCUCUGGUACUGGUGAGACUCAGUAUGUUCACUUCAUCCAGAACCAGCGCACUGUCCCGCUGCAUGCUAGCUUCGACGCUUGCGAGUAUCGUGAGGAUGGCUGGUGUGAGUUGUCCACCUUCUUGAAGACGCAAAAGACGAUGCUUGCCAAGGCUGAUUACCAACAUUCCUGCUACGGUAACUGGACCUACGGUGGCUGGGGCACAGUACUGAACGGUGUUCCUGCCUCUUAG